CAUGUAUAUACAAUACAAUAGGUGUCCUCUCGCAGGAGGGCUUUCACUCACUCACUCAUUCAUUCAUAUUUUUCUACUUUCACUCGUCAUCCUUACAAUCAGCAUAUUUUCACUUUUUCUCGUUUUAUGGAUAUUUACAUUUUGUUUAUUUAUUAAUUUUUUUUAUAACAUUAAUGAAAUAGAAAUCUAUAUAGAUAACAAUAAUAAUCAGUAAAGAAAGGAAUUGGUAGAUUAAUCUCACUAUCUCGGAACACCUUGGAUGUGUUGCCAUAGAAUGAAAUCCGAGGUGUUCCGACUGCUCAGCGUGAUAUCGUGGCCAUGCACAUGUGUUUCUCGAGGAUGCCGUAUGGCGAAGGCUAGAAUUGAUGGUAUUUAGAUGAACUUUAAGGGAGAAUUAGACAACUGAUCCAAACAACACAUACCAUGGCCUGUAGUUUAGGAAAAUUACUUGGCUAUCUACCAAAACCUUGUGCUGCAUCAUUCUCUAAACUCUCUACUGCUCCAUUGUUGGUAAAAAAAGAGCCAUUACUGAUUCGUCAGCCAUUGGUGUCAUGUAUGCCAGUGUCGUGUUGUAGUACCUGGUCACAACGCCAAAAACCCAAAGCCAACAAGAAGAAAAAAUUUGAAAAUGAAGAUCACUCUCAAAUUCCCGGAACAAGGUUUCAAGAUGGACCAAACAAAUACCAGCCAAAGUCACCAUUCAAGAUCAGUACCCCGAGGUCAUAUGGAUUUCACGAAAACUUGUUCAAGGGAGGUGUUCUUCCACGUGAUGACAAGCCAUUCAGGAGCAUGAAAAAAUAUAGACCAGUUAAUAGGUGGGAUGAAAAGCACUCCUUAUUUGGACAGAAUGACUACAUAGAUAUUCUCGGAGAUGGGGAUGUCCACCCUGCAGAUCUUCAGAAGGGUCCGUCUUGGCUUAUUGGUCAGAAAGACAGGUCUGAACUACACCGACUAGUCAGAAGACUUCGUAUGACAGGGGGCAAGAUGAAGAACAUGUAUCCAUCUAAAUAUGAGGCCAUGAACAAGAGAGUGCAGUAUCUAUAUAGGAGAUAUAACAAACACCGAUCUCCUAAAAUAAGUUAAAGGUUUUGACAUGAAAUUUAAAGUAAGAGUUUUCACAUUGGGGAUUUAUUAGUGUGCAUGUUUACAGGUGACAAGAUAUUGAAAUUAAAUUUUAUAAUUGAA